GUUAGAUAUAGGACAUACAUAGUACAUAAAAUUAGUCUAGAAUUUUCUGAAGAAUCCAAAAAUUGAAAAAUAUACAGGGUGUUACAUUUAACAUGAGAAAGUUUGUAUUAGCCACUGUUUCAUGACACACCCAGUAUAUAUAAAAAAAAAAUUAUUUAAAAAAUACGCAAAUAAAAAUAUCAAUCGACUUGUUCGAGCGUUUUUUCAAACACGCCUCCAUUUAUUUAAUACCGAAUUUAUUCCAUUUGGCUGUUCCACACUGUAUAUUACGUUGAAUUAUCUACUUCAAUAUUCACAUGACACCCUGUAUAUUCUAAAAAAAUUAAAUUUGAUGAGAAGAGUCAUCAAUUAUUAGAGAAGUUUAUUAAUAAUAUUAUUGUGUUUUGCAUAUUUAAAGAGUAUUGAUUUUAGUAACCUCUAACCUUUUCCAUUUCUGUUAUUAAUAUUUUAAUUCACAUAUUAUGAUUUAAUUAUCUAAACAUAAGUUAAAAUUUUCCCAUUUGUAUUCAGUCUGAUCUUACUUUUAAAAUGAUGCAUUUCUUUAUGAUAUUGGCUUUAAUAGCUGGUCUUCAUAAAAGUGCAGCUCUAAAAGACGUGGUUGUCAAAUUUCCUGACUAUGUAGCUGUAGGAGACGAUAUUGAAAUUACCUGCCAAUAUGAUUUAGAAGAUGAUAUCCUAUAUAACCUUAAAUGGUUCAAAGGGACUUCUGAAUUCUUUAGGUAUACCCCAAACGAGAAGCCUGAAAUAAAGAUAUUUAAUGUGAAGAAUGUACAUGUAGAUCUUUCAUCGAGUUCUAUGAACACAGUAAAAUUAAUAAAUAUUUCACAUGCAUCUAAAGGAAAUUAUACGUGCGAAAUUUCAACAGACGCACCUCGUUUUAUUACUAUGUCAAAUUCUAAGACACUGCAAUUUGAACCACUAGAAAACACACCUAAAAAUAUUCACAUGGUUAUACCGCCCAUUGUCAAAAUUUCUGACUCUGUGAAAUUGUCUUGUUCAUACAAUCCUACAAAAGAUAACGCACCUUUGAAAUCUGUUUCAUGGAAAAAAAAUGGAAAAUUAUUUUACAAAUAUGAACCUGAUAUCGAAAUUAACAUAGCAGUACAGAAAUAUCCUGGAAUUAACUUUUCAGUGAAACAAAAAUCCAAUUCAAGUGAAGUAACAUUGCACAACGCGACGGCAGAUACUGAAGAUGUAUACACCUGUCAAAUUGAUUAUCCUGCUUCCACACUAACAAGUUCAGGAUUUUUAUUAGUCAAAGGACAAUCGUCAAGACGUGUAACUUUGACAGUACCAACACUAGUGAAUGAAGGAGAAAAUGUUAAGUUAAAAUGUGAGUUUAAUUUCGAGAAGGCCAAUAAAAACGGCGUUAAAUGGUUGAAAGGAAAUAGAGAAUUUUACAGAUACACACCUAAUGAAGAUCCCACGAUAACUUUAUUUGAAGGAGUUGACGUUGAAGAUUUGAUCACAAACGAUGAUUACAGAAGUUUCGUUUCUAUAGUCUUACUGAAGAAUGUUACAACUAAUACAGCUGGAAGGUACAGGUGUCAAGUGACUACAAAUGAAGGACUAUUUUUGCACAUGGAAUCUAAAGAUCUUGCUGUAAUUCGAUUACCACAUGGCGAACCAACUCUUGUCGUAGAGAAUAACUAUCUUAGACCUGGAGAAUAUGUCCAUGCAGAAUGUAUCUCACCACCUUCAUAUCCAUAUGCCGAUAUUACUUGGUUAUUGAAUGGAAAAGUGGUAUCCGGCAAUCUUCGAAAAGAAUCAAAAGCUAAUAAACCAGUUGCUUUUCCAUAUCCAUCAUCGUCUAGCUUAUCUCAUGAGAUUCGUUUUGAUGACGGUUCUCAAGCCGAACUCACAUGCGUUGUCACAAUUCCAGAUGUCUAUAGGAGAGAGAAGUCGGUUACGAUAGAAAAAGAUUCUUCUAAUGUUGUAACGCCUAUAAGUGAUUACUACAACGUUCACCCCACCUUUAUCUCCAGUGGGGGCUAUUCUUGGACAAAAGCAAGUGUAUCAAUAUUUAUUAUAUCAUUACACUUAAUGUUAAUGAACUGGUAAACAGAGAACUGUCCAACAUUACUAAAAUAAAAAGUUCCACAAGUUGCUGGGCAAUGGGAAACCAUUGUUUAUAGCUAAUGUUUCAUAUUUAUUAUUACUUAACUUGUAAAAAAAAUAUUUUCCAAUAAUUUUUCAUUAAAAUACUUUUACAAAAAAAUCAGCUUGUUUAGAUUUCAGUAUGUUUAACGAAAAAUUGAUUCCAAAUUUUUUUACACAUCAAAAUCCAAUUUUAAUUAAAUAGUCCAGUAACUGAAGACCUAAAAAUAUGCAAAGCUGUCAUUAAGUCGGUCCAGAUUUCCUUUGUGGCUCAAUUCUUAGGUCUUGACGGUUGCUUUCAAGGGCGAAAACUUUUACCAAUACUGCUGGGUCGGAAAGGGCUCAAAAUGACCCCUAAAGUCUGAAAAAAUGGUUUACCGCUAAUAUCUGCCAAAAUAUACAAAUUAGACAAUUUUUGUUUAAAUAAAAAAUGAAGAUCGUAUCAUUAUCUACAAAAAUGGUCCCUACCAUUUUUUUCGCAAGACGAAUAUUUUUUGCAAAAACGGCCUUCGAAAAAGUCCGAAUUUUUGCACCGAAUAUAAAUGUUAGUUUCUCACUGAAUUUCCACUCGAGGGAGUUGGGAAUACAUUGAUUUUCAUGUUUUGGACUUUAGAGACCAAUUGUAGAUGGCGCCAGAGGCAUACCUCUGCUCACUAAAUUAUAGGGCCUAUGAAUGGAAAUCCGGGCACCAAUCGAUCUUUCGACAAUUAUUGGCGGAUUCUACGGGAUUUUUUCUUUAAAGUAGCGCUUGG